AUGAAGAACUGCUUCCUCAUCGUUCUUCUCUUUUCAUCUGCAGUUGCUGUGGCGUCUUCACUCCAGGCUCGUAACCCAACGCCCUCAAAGAGGUAUGCACUCCCCAUUAUCCAGCGGCAGCCAGAACCUUCCAAAGCCCUCGAUAAGCGAUCCUUGGUCAAACGGGCUCCCGCUCCCGGGCCUUCCGCAAUUCAUGUUGGUCGUGAUGUUGGUCCAUUAGAGCGCCUCGCUGCUCGCCAAGCCUCUCCUUCAAAGGUGUUGUCAGGUCGACAGCCGGCUGCUGUGCCAGUCCCGUCUAAGCGCACUGCUGAGGACUCCGCAGCCCCACAAAAGCGCAGCGUAGAUCAACAGCACGUGAUAGGGAGUGCAGCGGAUUCUCAUGGAUUCUGUCUCGACGGGCUCGUAGCAUGCCCCGUCUUGAGCACACCUGGGCAGUUCCCUCGCACGUUUGUUGAAUGGGAAGCGAUAGGGUUUGAGUGUGUCGAUUUUGCGGCAGAUCUCCGGUCCUGCGGCGGUUGUUCCAGCCUUGACCCUAUCGAGCAUGACUGCAUGAAUAUCCCGCAUGUUGAAGGCGUCGCUUGCGUCGCUGGUGAAUGCCAAAUCUCAUCUUGCCAAUUGGGUUAUUCGCUAGAAAGCGAUGGUCACGCAUGUUCGCCAACAGAGUAG